AUGUCGGGCGGCUUCUUCCGGGGGACGUCCGCUGACCAGGACACGCGCUUCUCCAAUAAGCAAGCCAAGCUACUCAAGACGCAGAAGUUCGCACCCGAGCUUGACCAUCUGGUGGAUAUGUCAAAGGUCAAGAUGGACGUGAUGAAGCCCUGGAUUGCCAAGCGGGUCACUGAGCUCCUUGGGUUCGAGGAUGAGGUUCUCAUCAACUUCAUCUAUGGCCUCCUCGAGGAGAAGGAAGCAGAUGGAAAGAAGAUUCAGAUCCAGCUGACAGGGUUCAUGGAGAAGAACACAGUGAAGUUCAUGAAGGAGCUCUGGAGCCUCCUCCUCAGUGCACAGCAGAAUGCCAGUGGGGUGCCUCAACAGUUUCUUGAUGAAAAGGAGGCUGAGAUACAGCAGAAAAAGGCAGAGGAUGAUAGGAUUGCACAGGAGAUCCAAAAGAAGCGAGAGAAAGAGGGAAGGGACUCCGAACUGGAAAAGAACAAAAUUACGGAUGGGGAUGCUGGUAACUCCAGAUCCUAUGGUGAUCCAGUUGGCUCUGCUUUAAAUAGUACAAAUUUCAAUGCUGACGAAGAAAAAGACAAUGAUAUCAAGCGCAGCUUAAGACCAAAGAACAGGGGAAGUCGCAGAUCCAGGAGCAUAUCUUUGUCGCCACGUGGUAGGCAAAGAUCUAUUUCUCCCAGAAAUAAUUCUCGUUCUCCUCCUAGGCGUUCCCGCUCUAUUGAUAGACACCGUAGGUCAUCACGGCGUUCAACUUCACCUAGACGUUCUGUUUCUCCCCGAAGGCAUUCUCCAAGAAGCACACCUUCAAUUUCUAGAAGGAGAUCACCUUACUCAAGGAGAGGGUCACCUUCCUUGUCAAGAUAUCCAUCCCCAUCUUCACGCCGGAGGUCUCCUCUUCGCAGAAAGUCACCAUCAUCUGGGCCACGAAGGUCACCUUCUCCUCGCCAUCGUCGUUCACCAGCUCGUGCACCAAGGAGAUCACCAUCUCCUACAAGUCGAAGGUCUCCUGUUCGACGCAGAUUCUCACCAGGUAGACGUCCAUCUCCAUCCCCAGCAAGGCGCAGGCCAAGGUCCCCAUCUCCAGGAAAGCGUAGGCCAAGGUCUCCAUCUCCAGGAAGGCGCAGGCCAAGGUCCCCAUCUCCAGGAAGGCGCAGGCCACGGUCCCCAUCACCAGGAUGGCGCAGGCCACGGUCCCCAUCACCAGGAUGGCGCAGGCCACGGUCCCCGUCCCCAGGAAGGCGCAGGCCACGGUCCCCGUCCCCAGGAAGGCGCAGGCCACGGUCCCCGUCCCCAGGAAGGCGCAGGCCACGGUCCCCAUCCCCAGGAAGCCGCAAACCAUGGUCUCCAUCUCCAAUAAGACGUCGGUCCCCAUCUCCAAAACGCCGGAGGAGAUCACCAAGUUCACCGAAGACUCGUUCUGCAAAUCGUCGUUCGUCUCCACAGGGAAGGAGGAGUAUCAGUCUGAACACUAGCAGGAGUCCUAAUCGUUCUUGCAGGAGUUUAAGUAGAGACAUCGAGAAAGAAACAAAUGGCACCCCUUCCAUGAAAGACAGAGGAUUGCACCCAAGGGGCCAAGAACAAAAAUCAGAUGAUGAUAAUGAUAGGGAUGAUGCAAGGAUUGGUGGUCAUAAUUCCCCAGAUUCUGAGCAUAGAUUGUCAAAAUCCUUGAGGUCUCCUAACUAUGAAGAAAGGAACUCCACACGUGAUAGCUCUUUCAUGAACUCAGGCAAACCUAUACCUAGUCAGGGCAGCACAGAUACAAGUGGAGAUGAGGAAGGCAGUCGUGCUAGAGAGAAUACCCGGAAAGCAAAUUCAGCUCGUAGGAAAACAAAGGAUUUCUCGGCAGGUCUGCAACUUAAGAAAAUCGGUGCUGGUGACUCAAGCCCUAGAGAAAAAUCUCCAUUCAGUUUACGACAGAGUGGCAGGGGUGUCCCGAAGAAACACCCUGAUCAACUGUCAGAAUCAUCAGAAGACGAGCUUGUUGGUAGAAGAACAAAGUGUCAAACUGAUUCUCCUGAAGACCCUCGUGGGAAACAGCGUUCCCCUACUAGAAUUGAAAAUGAUGAGUCAAAGGAUGGUAGAAACAGUGAGCAUGUCAUGAGAGGUUUGUGUGAUGAGUCUGAUGAUGCUAUUGAUGCAAAGAAAUAUUUAUCUAAAGUCAAUGAGGACUCCCACUCGGAAGAUGGAAGUCCUUUGAAAAAAACUAAGAAAAGAACGUAUGGUAAUAGCCACAUUGAUUCUGGUAGUUCAGGGUCUGAAGAACCUGACAAACAUAGAUCCCACUCUGAGAAGCGAAGGCACAAGAAAGCUCAUAAGCAUAGGAAACAGUAUGAUGGUAGUUCUGAGUCUGAUUCUGAGCCAGAUGGCAAAGAGGCAAAGAGGAGAAGGAAGGAAGAGAAGAGGCUAAGAAAAGAGGAAAGACGUCGAAGACGUGAAGAGCGACACCGCAGAAGGGCGGAACGCCAUGCCAGCAAACAAAAAUUAAAGAACACUGAUACUGCUACUGUGCCUUCAGACUCUGAGAAGGAUCGGGAUUCUGAUUCAGAUGUUGCUGUUAGGAAAAGAGGUUCUCAUGCUGGCAGAGAAGAGUCUGAUCAGAAGAAACUAGAAAUUGAACUUCGUGAGAAGGCCCUUGAAUCUCUUAGAGCAAAGAAAGCCAUCAACAACUAG